AUGACCACUGACACGGGUACCGGCACUGAAACCGGUACCAACGGUGACAAUGACACCGACACUGACACCGAUAUUAACACGGGCACCGACACUGACAUCGGUACCGGCAUCAGCACUGAUCCUGACAUCGGUACCGGCACCAGCACUGACACGGGUACCGGCACUGAAACCGGUACCAACGGUGACAAUGACACCGACACUGACACCGAUAUUAACACGGGCACCGACACUGACAUCGGUACCGGCAUCAGCACUGAUCCUGACAUCGGUACCGGCACCAGCACUGACACGGGUACCGGCACUGAAACCGGUACCAACGGUGACAAUGACACCGACACUGACACCGAUAUUAACACGGGCACCGACACUGACAUCGGUACCGGCAUCAGCACUGAUCCUGACAUCGGUACCGGCACCAGCACUGACACGGGUACCGGCACUGAAACCGGUACCAACGGUGACAAUGACACCGACACUGACACCGAUAUUAACACGGGCACCGACACUGACAUCGGUACCGGCAUCAGCACUGAUCCUGACAUCGGUACCGGCACCAGCACUGACACGGGUACCGGCACUGAAACCGGUACCAACGGUGACAAUGACACCGACACUGACACCGAUAUUAACACGGGCACCGACACUGACAUCGGUACCGGCAUCAGCACUGAUCCUGACAUCGGUACCGGCACCAGCACUGACACGGGUACCGGCACUGAAACCGGUACCAACGGUGACAAUGACACCGACACUGACACCGAUAUUAACACGGGCACCGACACUGACAUCGGUACCGGCAUCAGCACUGAUCCUGACAUCGGUACCGGCACCAGCACUGACACGGGUACCGGCACUGAAACCGGUACCAACGGUGACAAUGACACCGACACUGACACCGAUAUUAACACGGGCACCGACACUGACAUCGGUACCGGCAUCAGCACUGAUCCUGACAUCGGUACCGGCACCAGCACUGACACGGGUACCGGCACUGAAACCGGUACCAACGGUGACAAUGACACCGACACUGACACCGAUAUUAACACGGGCACCGACACUGACAUCGGUACCGGCAUCAGCACUGACCCUGACAUCGGUACCGGCACCAGCACUGACACGGGUACCGGCACUGAAACCGGUACCAACGGUGACAAUGACACCGACACUGACACCGAUAUUAACACGGGCACCGACACUGACAUCGGUACCGGCAUCAGCACUGACCCUGACAUCGGUACCGGCACCAGCACUGACACGGGUACCGGCACUGAAACCGGUACCAACGGUGACAAUGACACCGACACUGACACCGAUAUUAACACGGGCACCGACACUGACAUCGGUACCGGCAUCAGCACUGACCCUGACAUCGGUACCGGCACCAGCACUGACACGGGUACCGGCACUGAAACCGGUACCAACGGUGACAAUGACACCGACACUGACACCGAUAUUAACACGGGCACCGACACUGACAUCGGUACCGGCAUCAGCACUGACCCUGACAUCGGUACCGGCACCAGCACUGACACGGGUACCGGCACUGAAACCGGUACCAACGGUGACAAUGACACCGACACUGACACCGAUAUUAACACGGGCACCGACACUGACAUCGGUACCGGCAUCAGCACUGAUCCUGACAUCGGUACCGGCACCAGCACUGACACGGGUACCGGCACUGAAACCGGUACCAACGGUGACAAUGACACCGACACUGACACCGAUAUUAACACGGACACUGACACGGGCACCGAUACUGCCGCCGGCACCGGCACCAGCACUGACACCGGGCUGGGAACUAUCAAGGCGAGUGUGAAGUUGUGCACAGCCACGGCCUUCCUCUCGCUCACCGCCAAGGCUCUGGCCACGGCUGCGCACCCCUGGACAGCACCUCUGGAGGGGCAGGGGGCCCUGUCUCCACGGGUCUCAGCCCUACAGAGGGGGGUAGGAGGAGCCCCAGAAACAGGCUCCUGCCUUGAGGGUGCCACAGAAGAUGCUGGAGAGGGGGUGCUGGCCUUUGGCGAUGCCCCCUCUCCAUCCCAGCACUGUGACAGCAAGCAGAACUGGGCAUGA